CUCAGCUCCUGUCCUCAGAGCGCAUGUCUGCAGCGUCUCCUAGCAACCAUACACACACCGGAGAGAGGAGCAGAGCGCAGAAUGGGGAAAAAAGUGAAGAAGGAAGUUGAACCACCACCUAAGGAUGUGUUUGAUCCUUUGUCGAUUGAAAGUAAAAAAGCAGAAACUGCAGUCUUAAUGCUUCAGUCCCCAGAAGAGGAAAUCCUUGCUAAAUCUUGUGACGCAUUAUACAAAUUUGCGCAAAAAGGAGAUGAAAAUAAAAUAACCCUUCUUGGACUUGGUGCAGUGGAAUCGCUAUCGAAACUCAUCUCUCACGAAGAUAAAAUAGUGCGCAGAAAUGCCACCAUGGUCUGUGGUAUCAUGGCAGCACAUAAUGAGGUCAGGAGACUGAUGCAGACGCUGGAUCUGAUACCUCCGCUAAUUGCUCGCCUCGCACCAGAAGAAGAAGUAGUGAUCCAUGAAUUUGCUACCCUUUGCCUCGCACACAUGGCUCAUGAAUACACCAGUAAAGUGAGAAUAUUCGAAGUAAAUGGGCUUGAACAUCUCAUCCGAUUAUUAAGCAGCCCAGACCCCGAUGUGAAGAAGAAUUCUGUGGAAUGUAUUUAUCUGCUAGCACAGCAGGACUUCCAAAGUCGCAGUGCGGUAUGUGACCAGAACGCUAUCCCACCAUUGCUGGAAUUACUGAAGUCAGACUAUCCAGUUAUUCAGCACUUGUCUCUGAAGGCUCUUGGUACUAUCAGCUGUGAAGCAGAGUGCAGACUAGCUCUAAAGGAAAGCCAAGCUUUAGACCACCUUUUAAAAAUCCUGGAAGCAAAGGAGCUUAAUGACUUACACGUGGAGGCGCUUUUGAUCAUUGCAAACUGUCUGGAAGACGCAGACACAGUUCAACUCCUUCAGCAGUCGGGAGGACUUAAGAAGAUAUUGACCUUUGCAGAGACAUCUCCCCUGCCUGAUGUGCAGAGAAAUGCCGCCAAGGCCAUCGCCAUGUCAGCUCACAAUGCUGAAAACAGAAAAUUCUUCCAUGAGCAAGAAGCAGAGAAAACUCUAGUGGAGCUGCUGGGAUCGGACAACAAUGGGGUUAAGGUGGCUGCUUUGCAAGCUAUUUCCAUGUUGUGUGAAAAUCUGGCCAGCAAGGACGUGUUCAGUAAGAACGGAAUUCUUCAGAUAAUUAAUUUAUUGAGCAAAGACAAUGCAGACGUCCAAGAAGCUGCCGUGUUUGCUCUGGCAAAUCUUAUCACUGGCUGCCCUAAUAAUCCCGGAUUAUUGGGGCGUGGACACACAUUAUUCCUUCUAGUGUUGGUAGAAGCUGAUGGAAUCGAUGCCCUGGUUAAUCUUUUGACGGAUAAGAGAGAAGGAGUGAUCGCCAACACGUGCACAGUUCUUACCAACAUGGCUGCUCAGGAAUCUCUCCGGCUGGCGAUGCAGAGUCACGGUGUUAUGCCGGCCCUUGUGGCUACCUUGCAGUCAGCCAGUAAUUUGGUGCUCAGGAAAGCCAUAAUAACGGUGGCUUCCCUGGGAUGUGAUGCUGAAGCCAGAACUGAGUUUCGGAUCGCAGAUGGACUGGUCCAACUUGUGAAACUUCUCAGUUCCAACCAUGAUGAAGUCAGGAGGAACGCCUGCUGGGCUAUUGCUGUGUUUGCAAAUGAUGAAGCGACUGCCAGUGAACUGUACAGACUGGGGGCUUUUGAUAUUCUUCAGGAAAUGAACCUUUCAACAAGUCGUAGAAACAAUUUUAGUGAAUUAGCUGAAAACAAGAUGCUGGAUAACAAUCUCUCCCUAAAGUACAACCAGAAGGGACACUUGUCCUACACUAACCUGAUAGAGGAUGGCUUCUAUGACCAUGGUCAGCUAAAAUCAGGUGCAAAGUUACCAUCUUUAGAAGAACUUAGCAAGCAGACGCUGAACCAGAACCGAGCAGUUAUCGUAAUCAACACAAAACUUCCCGAACUGCCUACACCAUCACCACCUGCAGUAGAGGAGAAGCCAGAGCUAAAUCUUGGACGAUCUUCUUCCUCGCUCAGCAGGAGCGCUUCUAGAGAAAAAGGAGGAAGAAAUAUUCCAUCUCCAGUGGAAGAUAAACAAGACCUUUCCUCCGGGCGAUCUCCUUCUCUAAGCAGAAGUGGUCACAAAGAAAAAUCUUCCAGCAAAAUGAAGAAUAAAGUAAAGAAAGAAGAAGAAAAGAUGAAAGAAGAAGAGGAGCUUUCCCCAGUGAAGACACAAGAGGAGCCUGUUCCUCCUCAGAUAACUCAGUGGUUUCCACCAUGUGACCAGGAUUUGAUUGACUAUCUCUCCGAUGUAACAAGGACAAUCCUUCCUCUGCCUCAUCCCAGGGAACAAGUUGUGGCUUUGGCACAGUUCGUUGCGGGAAAGAUGGGAGGACCCAUUGCAAAAGAUCGGUUGCAUGAAUUCAGCUGGGAGCUUCAUGUUGGCGAGAUUAAGUAUGAAUUAAAGAGCAACGUCAUACCCAUUGGAAAAAUAAAAAAAGGGAUAUUCUAUCAUCGAGCCUUGCUUUUCAAGGCCUUAGCUGACAGAAUUGGCGUAGUUUGUAACCUAACACGAGGAGAUUAUGGCCGGGCGUGGAAUGAAGUGAAAAUACUCAAUGAUUCCAAUCGCGCAGGAACAAAAGCUCAACCAGAGACUAAUGUCGUGGACCUCAUGUAUGAGCCGGGUCGCCUAAUGAAACAUGGAAGUGUAGAAGCGGAUCACUAUCAGCACAUCUAGUCAUCUAGUGCCAUUCAUUCUGCUGUAGUUAUAUAGGUCACUUUUGUUUGCAAUAAAUUCUAUGAAAUAAAUCUCUAUAUAGAAA